AUGCUCGACCUUCACGCUCCCGAAAUUACAAUGGAGAUACUACAGGGACAACAUGGCUACCAUCCCUCGAGCAGUGGGGAUCUCGAUAUGAUUGAGAAGGGCAGAACGAACGACGGCUCAAUCUGCCUGUUGGCUCUUUCUGCGCUAUCAGGGCGUGCUGAUUACAAUCUAGCCACUGGGGGAUUAACGGCAAACGUGGACCUAGAGGGCAUUCACGUUCGGGACUCGCGCGUGAGCUCAAAGAUUUCAGCCUCGUAUCGAGACCUAUUAAAAUCCAGUUUGGACGCGAAAGUUUCGACGUAG